AUGCCUCGCCAUCAACAACUGUCCCAGAGGCCGGAAGACGGACAGGAAAAUCGACGGGCAGAGAGCCAGCCAGUACGAUCAGUCCACUCAAGGCUGGGUCCGAAUGCUGGGCGGCAGCCUGCACGAGAACAACUAGGAGAAAGGGAGCCCAGCCGCGCACCAGCAGGACCCCGAGAUCGGGAAACCGGUCGAGAAAGAGCUCGCACCAGAAGAACUAAGACUCGGACACGUCGGACCGAGCGAGUAACGCGUAACGAUGACCGACCGGCCCAAUCUGAGGUCGGCGAAAGUACGGAGUCCACAGGAAACCACACUCACAAUGAAGGCGACGUGGCCCAAUUGGACCGGGAGGUACGAGAUCUGAAAGAACAAAUGGGGGGAAAGACCAAAUCCCCCGGGCAGGCGUUGCUCACCGCUUUGCCAUUCUCUUCCAAGAUCAUGUCCUACAAAAUACCCAGCGACUUCAAAUUUUCGGAACAAGCCACCUUCGACGGAUCUGGAGACCCACGCGAGCAUCUGCUUAGCUAUCAGGCCAAAAUGCAGGUCUUGGGAGUGCGAGACCCGGUGAUGUGUCGCGCCUUCUUGCCCACGCUGAAAGGCUCGGCACAAAGGUGGUUAGUGGCGCUGCCUCCUAAGUCAAUUCACAGUUUCGAGGAGUUAGCCAACCGUUUCAUGAGCCAUUAUGCGGCCAACAUCAAGCAUCAGAAGGAUCUGACCCACCUGGGAGAUGUCCACCAAGAGGAAGGCGAGUCCCUGAAAGCCUACUUGGUCCGCUGGCAAAAGGAGAUCCAGUCUAUCGAGGAGGUCGAAGAUCAGACCGCACUCACUUUUUUCAUCGAAUCUUUACGAUCCGGGCAGUUGUAUCGGGAUCUGCAGGAUAACCGCCCGACUACUUACGUGGAAGCCAUACACAUAGCCAAUAAAAGGGCUAACACGGAGCAGGUCAUGAAGCAUAAGCGACAACGUGAAAUCGGAGGAUCCACCGGCGGAAAGAGGACCCGCGCGGAAACCAAGGAAAAGCGCCCGGAAGGGGCUCGGCGACUUGAGGUUAGACGUCCCUAUGACAAGCCUAUGAUCCAUCCCUACAGAGCAGUUCCUCAGCACCCGGUGCACGAGGUUCAAGCGGUCGCUCCGCCUCCGCCCCUGCCGAUCGACGAGCGUAUGGCAGGUGAAGAGACAGGUAAGAACUCUAAAUACUGCCGCUAUCAUAAGUCUUACACCCAUAGUACGGAAGAGUGCUUCUAUUUGAAAAAGGUCAUGGAGGGAAUUAUCCAGCAAGGGACCCCGCCUCCUAAUCAGUGGAGGCGAAGGUCAAUAGCACGAGAGGACGAUGAUCCCGCGGUCGCCGCCGAGAAUAGCCGCGGAAAGCGGUCGGCCACAGAGGAGGACGAGGCCCAGUGGCGUCAGAAGCCAGUUAUUAACAUGAUAGUCGGCGGACCAGAGGGCGGCGACUCGGCAAAUACCAGAAAGGUCUGGGCUCGACAACUAUACGUCGGAACAGUAUAUGGGCGAGAAGAAAGCUCGAAGAAAGUGUGCCGAGAACCGAUCACAUUUACUGACAAAGAUUUGCCCACGGGAGAGACACCGCAUCGAGAUGCGCUGGUCAUAGCGAUGGACGUAAACGGAGUGGUCGUUCGGCGAAUCUUGGUCGACACCGGAAGUAGCGUCAACGUACUAUACCUCGAGACUUUCACAAAGAUGGGGUUGACUCGAGAACAGCUGAAUCCGGUCAAAACACCGCUCGCCGGUUUCACGGGAGACUCGGUGGAGGCAGAGGGGUCCAUCACCCUGCCAGUGGAAGUCGGCAGCUAUCCCGACGUGCAGCAGCUCAGCAUGAAAUUCAUCGUGGUAAACAUAGUUUGCUCACACAAUGCUAUACUCGGCCGACCAGGCCUGGAGGACUUGGGAGCAUUGAUUUCCAUCGAGCAUCUUUGCUUGAAAUUUCGCACGCCAAACGGGAUAGGAACGGUGCGUUGUGAUAGAAGAGUCGCCCGCGACUGCUACCUACAAGCCUAUAGGGGGAUCGGCAAACGAGGAAUGCAAGUCCACGAAAUCACGGAAAAGCCCCCAAAGAAAGCAAUGAUACCCCGCCCGGAACCGGCCGUGGAAUUGGAAGAAAUCGAAAUCGACCCUGAACGGCCGGACAGACGGGUCAGAAUUGGUGUCGGCCUCCCCGAGGAAACUCGGGAGGAAAUUAUCCAAGUACUCCGAAAGCAUCGACUGGUCUUUGCUUGGGGGGCCGGAGGAUAUGCCAGGCGUCAACAAGUCCAUCAUCGCCCACCAACUCGCCGUGGAUCCGGACCAUCGGUCGGUCGUACAGAAAAAGCGGUAUCUCGCCAAUGA